AUGGCGGAUGCUACGUGGCAGAAGGCGAUGCUGCUCUUAGCUCUGACGGCGGCCCUUCAGUUGCGAACCGGUCGCGCGUGGUUCCAACCUACCCCGGGUACCACCUUCUACUGGCAGCUCUCCAACUCAAACCCUAACGUCGACGGUUCAAUCGACACCACUGACCCCGCUGAGGUGUAUGACGUGGACGGCUUCAGUGUGCCGCCCAGCACGAUUGCGGCAUUGAAGGCGGGCGGCAAGAAGGUGGUGUGCUACUUCAGCUUCGGCACCUUUGAGAGCUACCGCCCCGACUCUGACAGCUUUCCCAAGCGCGUCAAGAAGGGGCGAGUGUGCCAGGACCGGUGGUGUCGCAAGUGGUGGCCGGGGGAGCGGUGGCUGAAUGUGAAGGACCCGGUGGUGAAGCGAAUCAUGGAGAAACGCGUGCAGCUAGCAGCGAGCAAGGGGUGUGAUGGCAUCGAGCCGGACAACAUCGACGCGUACAGCAACCGCCUCAACGUGUGGCUGCCGCCCUUCUCCAGGACUGUGCGCAUCAGCAAGAAUGACCAGAUCCGAUACAACGCGUGGAUCGCUGACACUGUGCACAGGUAUGGCAUGAGUGUGGGGCUGAAGAACGCCCUAACGAUCGCAAGGGCGUUGGUCUCCAAGUUUGAUUGGGCUCUGGUGGAGGAGUGUAACGCGUUCAGCGACUGGAGCGGUGGGGAGUGGUACAAGGGCAAGUACGAAUGCGACUAUGCAAAUGUGUUCAUCAAGGCGAACAAGGCGGUGUUUGUGGCGGAGUACACAUCGGCAUGGGGAACUGCAGCAGGGCGCAUGAAUGGCAUUCAGUUCCCCCAGCGCCUGUCUGCGGACAACAAUGCACAUGGCUUCUCUACACGUCUGCACGACCUGGAUCUGGGCCCCACCAAGUUCCCCUGGGCGGACUGCCUGCAGCACCAGCCAGCAGGGUGCGCUGCUGCUGCCUGGCAGCUGUGCGUGCAGCCAGCUGUAUACGCCGGGUUUAAUCAGCGCGGGAAGGGUAUGUCCGGUGCGGACCAAAUAGAGCAGUAG